GAUUUUUACAUCCAGCCAGUCCGCAGACACGCGUCGUGCGGAGAACGCGCUUGUGUUCGAAUUUCAAAUUUUCGAAAAGAAAAACAUCGCGCGAAAUAUUUUGACAGAUGAAUAGAAAAAAAAUUGUUUGAUUUUAUUUUGUUCUUGUGUUUUAGCUAUCAUUUACGAUUAAGUUUUUUCUUGUAAAAGUUAGUAAUUUUAGUUUUUCUCAUUUUCGCGGGUGAUAGCCUACGAACGCUUUCCUGAAAAUUUUUCGCACCACGAAAGUUUUAUGCACCAAAUAUAAUGUUAAGGAGAAAAGUACUUUUAGCAUUGACAACGUUGAUGUGCGUAGCAAACGCAAUAGUCCAAAAUGCAGCUACAGGCAAUGAAAUCGACUCGUCGCCGAAAAAAUCGCAGACUUCUACUGGAGGGCCCUUGUAUCCAAAAGCAACAGAAACAAGAGACUUACGGACACUAGACGGGAUAUGGAACUUCAGAAAAUCUCCAGCCGAUCCAGAGACUGGCUACAGAGCCGGCUGGUUCGAGCAGGAUCUCGACAAGACUGGUCCUGUACUUCAAAUGCCGGUGCCCUCAUCUUACAAUGACGUUGGUGAAGAUGUUUCCCUGCGAGACCACGUGGGAGUGGUCUGGUAUGACCGGCGGUUCUUCGUGCCCUCGUGGUGGGGCACUUCUGGACAGCGAGUGUGGCUGCGAUUCAGCAGCGUACACUAUGCCACUGAAGUGUUUAUAAACGGCAAAUCAGUAAUGUACCACGAGAUCGGUCACUUACCUUUCGAGGCUGAGAUCACAGACUUCGUAAGCUUCAACAGCAGUAACCUGCUCACAGUGGUGGUUGACAACACGUUGCUAAGCGACACUGUGCCUCAAGGAGCUAUCAAGAGUGUAUAUGUUGGACCAAACAAAAUCCGUCAAGAACAACAAUAUACGUUUGACUUCUAUAACUACGCUGGCAUUCACCGCACUGUGUUCCUCUACUCUACGCCUCAAGUGUACAUUGAUGACGUCAUCGUCAAUACUGACAUACAGGGGCAUACAGGUUUUGUAGUAUACAACGUAACACAGAAAGGAGCAGUAUCAGACAAAGUUCUCUGCUUAAUCCAAUUGUUUGACAAGAAUGGUACCCAAGUGACUGCCUUCAACGAAUGCGCCGGUCUACUGGAGAUCGGGAACGCCAACUUCUGGUGGCCUUAUCUGAUGCACCCCAACCCUGGAUACCUCUACACCUUGAAGGCAUCGCUAAUUGGACCUCAAGGUGAGACCCUGGACACUUACUCCCAGAAGAUCGGCAUCAGGACAGUCACGUGGUCGAAUACUACCAUCUAUUUGAAUGAAAAGCCUCUCUACUUGAAAGGGUUCGGCAUGCACGAAGAUUCUGAUUUACGAGGUAAAGGGUGGGACCCCGUACUAUGGGUGAAGAACUUCAAUCUCAUCAAAUGGUUGGGUGCCAAUGCGUUCCGAACAUCUCACUACCCGUACGCUGAAGAAAUCUACCAGCUCGCUGACGAAUACGGCAUCAUGAUCAUCGAUGAAUGCCCUAGCGUUGAUACUGAUGGAUUUUCAGAUACGUUGUUGGCGAAACACAAGCAAUCAUUGACAGAAUUGAUCCGACGCGACAAGAACCAUCCCAGUGUGAUCAUGUGGUCCAUCUCCAACGAACCACGGUCUGCCAACAAAUUGGCUGACAGAUAUUUCGGGGAAGUGGUACGUCACGUCAAAUCAAUGGAUCUCUCUCGACCCGUCACUAUCGCUAUUUCUGCCGGCGCUUCCACUGAUAAAUCUGGUCGUCAUUUGGACGUGAUCAGUUUCAACCGCUACAACGGUUGGUACGCGAACCCUGGCCAGACGGCGCAGAUCACCAACAACGUGGUCGAGGAGGCCACCAACUGGCAUCGCAUACACAACAAGCCCGUCAUCAUGACUGAAUACGGGGCUGAUACUAUUGCGGGGCUGCACUUGUACCCUGAAUACAUCUGGUCGGAGGAGUACCAAUGUUUGCUGAUCUCAGAACACUUCAAGGCGUUUGAUCUCCUACGGAAGGCUGGAUUCUUCGCCGGAGAGUUCAUAUGGAACUUUGCCGACUUCAAAACACCGCAAUCUAUAACGCGGGUGGGUGGCAACAAAAAGGGUAUUUUCACGCGCAGCCGGCAGCCUAAAGCCGCCGCCCACCACUUGAGGUCGCGGUACCAUGCGCUCGCUACCGCAGACUAUGGAGUCGUACUCCCAGAGACUACGUACUACAUCAGCGACUCACAGCCCGCCAAGCACGAAGAACUCUAACUUGUGACCUCUGCCAUAAUCACCACCAAAUCUAUGUUAGGUUCUACAAGUACACAGAUAGUUAAGUUCUUUAUGAAAUAUUUUGCGCAGAUUAAAAUACCCUGUGUGGCAUAGAAGAUUUAGAGCAAAGAGUACAUGUAAGUAACUGGCAAAAUGUUUCAUAAAUAACGAUUAUUUCAUUUAGUUUAUGUUGUUUCUAGUUCAAAUGUCACACCAAAUGAGCAAGCGACUGAUUUCAAUAAGAGUACUUGCUCUAAACUAUUUUGUGCCACAAUAAUGCGACCAUGCAUUGGUAGUAUUGGUACUUAACAGAACUUAGCUCAUUCUACUACUUUAGUUACUUAGCGUUUACGAAAUAUGUAAGAUAACACGACCAAAAUAUUCAAAUAGAUGCCUUAUGUAUUGAAUUAUUAAUAACAAUGUUAUUUUUAGAAGAUAGAAUUUAUUUUAUACAGUACAACAUCAUUUUCAAUUUGUAGGGAAGGAAGAAGUAAAGUUAGUCUUAGCCUAGGUCUGUGAAUCGUAAAACUAGUUCUUAUUAAAGCUACUGUAAUACCUAUUCAGAAAGGAAUUGAAUGUGAUAAGUUUCCUCUACCAGCCAAACAUAGUUUUUCCAUUACACAUAAUCGGUGAAGUCAUCAGGAAUAGAUACGUAAAUCAGAAACCCAUACAUAGAGACCUAAACUUACAUAAUGCCUAACUAUUUUGUUGUUGCGUGGUACAACUCUACAUACUUUAGAUAUAAUAUAAUUAUUGUUAUUGUAGUUAUAAAAAUAUCAUAAAUAAAAUGUAAAUAUUUAUUGUAAUGCAAAUAAAGUACAAAAUAAAAGCGA